AUGCAGGAGCGCUCAAAGUUCGAGCACCAGCGUGCACUCUAUGGGCAUCUACUCAAGAAGGCCUUUCACUUCGGCCUGCAAGGCGUUUCCCGUCUUUCCUCGCACGAUUUUAUCGAUGCGCCUUCCAAAAGGUUCUGCAAAACUGUUUUAACUGCCACAUACACAUCCCGCGUUUUCGGUUUGGUCGACACGUCUGGCGCCGGGAAAACGAAGAUGGGCCUUUCGCCCGCCUUCACCAACCAGGCUCAUGUCGUCUACAUUCGACUUGCCGAAACAGGCGACGAUUGCUCGUUUCUCUCCCCUGUUCAAGUCUUGUGUAGGGAACUGCAAUUAUUGCUCGACCGUGUCAACCAGGAUUCAAAGGCGGCCUCCAGCACCAGGACAGCCAGGCUCGCUCUUGAUCUUGUUCGCGAGUUUGUUUGCAGCUACUACGAUAUCUUGAUCGAGGCCGAUGAAGCUUGCCAGCCCGCGUCGACCGAGGACCAGCGCCGACUCUGGGUUGCGAUUCUCGAAAAUGGCUUUUCGAGCGACCGACUUUGUACACGAGUGUCUGAACGGCUUGCAGAGCGACUCUCGACAGACCUUUCGGGGAACAGCGAGGUUGCGUUGAUUGUUUUAGAAACCAAGCUGCGCGAACGCAUCUCUCGGGUCGGCGUUGAUGGAAAGAAGGCGCCGCUCAUCCUCUUCAUGGACAAUCUCCAUGCUGUCAAAGACGUUUGUUCUGACUUGUGGUCCCUGGAAGAUUAUGAGGUGCGCCGAUAUCGCGCGCUCAAGCAACGUUGGUCCAUCGACUUCAAGCGACCAACCGAUCUCUACUACGCCAUUCGUGUGAUUCUUUCUGAGGUCGCCUUGCGCGGUGUUGGCGCCGUGUAUGCCGGUACGCAGCUCUGGCUACGCGACCCAAUUAGCGUUGAGGCGACAUUCUCGCUCAACUCGCAAUUGCACCUGUGGUCCGAAUUUUGCGUCAUGCAACCCAGCGACAUGCUUGCUUUUCUUCGGCUCUACUUUGACGGCAUUCCCAUUUCGAGCCCUGAAAGCCAAGACCAUGCUGACUGUCUCGUGGCGCUCGCCCCGCUCCAAGGUCGGCCGCGUUUUUUCUUCACAACCUUCUUGCCCGAGUUUCUUGAUCGUGUCAAGGGCGCCCACAUCAGCAAGGAGAUGGUCGCAAUCAUUUGCGAGACCGCCAGAAAGGCUGCAUCUGUCGUCUUGUCUCAGCUGCGCGAUACACUCCGAGCCCACUGGCAUGAGCGCACCACAACAACACCGAACCCGCUCGAGCGCACAGUGACCGUUCCUGACCUGUUUGCGUGCGCUUGUUUGCUCAACGGCAAGCUGCCAUUCCGCAGGACUGAGCUUGCGGAGGUGAUGGCCAACGGCAUCCUCUUCUUUGGCUCUGAUCAAGAGAAGUACAAUUUGCACACCGAGCCUUUGCUUUUGCAGGCACUUUUCGCGGAGGGCAACUACAACUUGACUGGUGCAGCCUUUGCUCAUCAGCUCGAUAUCAUUGCCCAGUUUGCUCGUGCCCAAACGACCGAACUGACGCUCGCUUGGCAUUUUGUUCGCCAACUGGUUCUCGCUGGCGACGAAGAAGCUUUCUUGUCCCAGGCCAUCAAAGAACUCCUUCCUCGAGGGUAUGAUCUUCCUGCCGUCGUGACCCAGAUCAAGCUCACAGCAGCGACAGCCAUGGCUACUCUAACGGACGCAACAACCUUGGACGAAAUGCGCUCCUCAUGCCAUGUACUGCAUACUCUCCCAGGGUUGUUUGGUCCCGAUGUGAUUGUUCCCGGUCAAAUGCGCGAUUCGAGUGUCGUACUCGCCAUUCAGUGCAUGAGCCGCAGAGCCAAAUGCAACGAAGAAGACGCGCCGAGCGUCAUCAGCUUGGUUUCGGAAGACGACCUCAAGUUCCGCACGAUCGACCAGGUCGAUGCAGUUUGCUCCGCAAACCGGCAGGAAGAUCCAGCUGCAACCUUUGCCCGGCUCGCCCAAGAAAAUCUACAGUUGCGGGCACGAAUCGCCUCGUACAUGGAGGAUGCCUCGACCGUACAUGGAGGAUGCCUUGAAUGA